AUGUUCGCAAUGCCGUCGUUCCAGUCACUCCCAGCUGAGCUCCGCCUUGACAUCUGGGAGCUCGCGAUGCCAGACUGGUGCGAGCCGGGGGUCCUCCCCUGGCACCACGCCCACGACUGCGGGAACGACCCGCCCGUCAUAUCGCCGCAGCCCAGCAUCUUCAACGUGUGCCAGGAGUCCAGGGUCGUCGCGGAGAAGAACAAAAAGUACGUCUUCACGUGGGCCGAGAACUCCCAGGGGGACAAGUUCGACAACCUCCUCAUACGGCAGUACAUGCGGCACGACGCCGUCUACGUCGCCAAGUCGCAGUUCCACUGGUUCCGGAGGCACCAGCUCAUCCUCCAGCAGCGGAACCCGGGGCCCGAGGCGCGCGACUACCUCAGGUACAACACGGUCCUGACCAGAUUGACCCACCUGGCGCUCGACUCCAGCAUCUUCAUAGAGAACCCGACAAAGGUCCGCCUGUGGUUCAAGAAGCUCCCCAGGUGUCUCUUGCAGCUGCGCAAGAUCACCAUCGUCUUCGGGAAGCAGUGGGAGAGGCCCGCGCGGCGGCCUUCGGAGCUGCUGGGGAAAGGCAACAAGGUCAGGAAGUCGGAGAAGGAGUACGAGGCUGUGUCGAAGGAGUGGGCAUACAAGGAAGUCGAGCCGCCACUGGCCCUUGAGGAGCUGAAGAGGUGGUCGUCCGACCAUACGAUCCGCCUGUGCCACGACGACCCGGCGUCGAGCCGGAGGCUGCUCGACCUGUACACCGAGCUGAGGUGCCUCCUGGACUCGACCAAGCCGUUUGACGACGUGCCGGACGAGUCGAGGUGGAAGUUCAACAACUUCAUCCCUGCCUGGGACAUAGAGCUGGCGUUCGCGAGGCUGGUCGUCAAGAAGUGGGCAUGA